CGGAGACAUCGUGCAUCUUCUUAAAGCUUGGUGAAUUAAUAUUAAAUGUGAGUCAGCGCGCUUGUAUUAAUUAUGGGAGCUCAUUGAUGAACGGGAUUGAAUAAUAUAGCAUACAUUGAAGUAACUGCAGUACAUUCUGUGCAUGUGUCAAUCCAUGGAUACUUCUAUAAACACACGUGGUGUUUUUCUGUCCGAAAUUUGGAAUAUUCCGCCAGCGAUCUGCGUUUGUGUUCUGUUUCCGUGGAUGUGGUUUAGAUCGGGAAUCCAAUUCGGCAUAGGAUUCCGCAUAGGAUUUUAGGAUUUUGGAAAGUUUAGGAUAUACGUAUUUGACGGUUUAAGGAUUUAACCAGAGCGGGUUCCUCUUCUAUGUUUUUCAGAGAUAAUAGUGUGAAAGUUCCUGCAAAGGCUUUCGUUUGGCCGGAUACGGAGAAACCGUGGAAAAUCCUCCAAAUGAUGGAUUCAGAGAAUGGUGAUACAAACUCAGUCGCGGAGAUAAAUGGCGAGACGAAACCGGAUGCGGCAAAGUUAGCGCAAACAGCGAUUAUUAAACAGGAUGUCAUGUUAUCUGGUUCGAGCCACCAAUCACCAGCCACCUCUUCCUUUUCGCUACCAGCCAUGUCAAUGCCGUUACCGACUGUCGCCAUGCCGUCGACGAUCGGCGCCGCCCUCACGCCAGGACUCGCCGACCAGCUGUUCAUGUCGGUGGCAUCAGCCGGCGAUAGUAUGAUGACACAGACCAUGACCGAACAGAAACCAGAUCUGAAUGUUUUGAAUACAAAAUUAAUAUCAAAUCAGCUAGGGCAACAUGCAAUCUCCUCCUCGCAAACUCAACUCCUCGGUCAGCCACAGGUGGCGCCACAGUUCAUCGUCGCUGGACAGGGCGGACAGAUGCAGCAAUCGUUUCUUAUUCCUGUCUCGACGGGUAAUGGUACGCAACAGCUCAUCAGUAUUCCAGUUUCAUUGGCAGCGGGAAGCGGACAGCAGAUCCAUCUCCUGACGACGGCAAAUGGACAGAUCAUAGCAACGAAUCUUGGCAAUAUGCCAGGGAUACAGACGUUAGGGGGUGGCAUUUCUAACAAUGUUGUCGCCACGGCCCCACCAACCCCGGCCCCAGCCCCAGCGACGACACAGAUGGCCUCCAUACCUCAAAUCCUCACGAACGCUCAAGGUCAGAUCAUCGCCCUCGGCACCCCCCAGGUUCUUCCUCAGCAAGUCGCCGUCAGCCAGUCCUCCGGUACGAUACUGCACUCUGCAGCUAUGAACACGGCGCAGAUGGCCCCACAGACACUCACUGCACAGUCACAGGUGGCGUCAUUACCUCAAACUCUCAUCAGCCAAGCUGCCGUCACCCCGGCCGUUCAUUCAAUGCCGUCGCAGCCAACCACGAUACAAGUCACAACGCCGCAGUUGACGACGCCAGUCUCAACGCCGGUCACCAAUCAUCUCCCACCCAAUGUUAGUCAGUUAUUACCAAAUACAGUCAGUCAGUCUAGUGAAAGCACCACAGUCGACGGGAUCAAUUUAGACGAGAUAAAAGAGUUUGCUAAACAGUUCAAAAUCCGGCGGUUAUCACUGGGACUCACACAAACACAAGUCGGACAGGCGCUGAGCGCGACGGAAGGGCCAGCAUACAGUCAAUCAGCCAUUUGCAGAUUUGAAAAAUUAGACAUUACACCAAAAAGUGCACAAAAAAUCAAACCAGUUCUUGAAAAGUGGAUGCGGGAAGCCGAGGAACGGUAUAAAAAUGGCGUACAAAAUCUUACAGAAUUUAUCGGUAGCGAGCCAUCGAAGAAACGAAAACGACGGACGUCGUUUACGCCGCAAGCGUUGGAAGUGUUGAAUGAACAUUUUGAGAGGAAUACACAUCCCUCUGGUGCUGAAAUGACGGACCUCUCCGGUAAGCUGCGCUACGAUCGCGAGGUGAUUCGCGUCUGGUUCUGUAACAAACGUCAAGGUCUCAAAAACACGAUUAAAAAGUUCAAAGCUCCGGAGCAGCCAUACGCGGUCAUCAAAGUGGACGAUAGUAUUUUAGAGUCGCACGUCCCCGAUGGGGAAAUGUAAUUUCCUGGGACAGGUGAUUGGGCGAAUUUUCAAGCAGGGCCUUGUUGUUCAGAGCUAGUUUUGUCUUGAACGCUGGCAUUAACUUAACUUGGAGCUGUAACAGUGAAGGGCGAAGGGCUUUACUGAAGGAGAUAACACCAGGUGAAGUUAACGCCAGCGUUAGUGACUGAAUUUCUUUUGGACAACCUGGCCCUGACCUUUACUGUAAAAUCCUUUAAGUUCAUUGCAGGAAAUGUUGUUUUUUAGACUGAUUUCCAAUAUUUCCUAGAAAUUCUUACACAGCGCUGUUACUCUGAGUCUGAGGGGUGCAGGGUCCGAAUGACUGUGUAAAGCUUGUACCGCAGGCCUCAUGAUUAUAUUAUGUGUGCCAAAAUUAGGGGGGAUUUAAAUUACCCCCCAAAAAUAUCGUUUUUGACCCUGCUGGAGGAUUUUCUGGAGGUUAAAUGGUCAAAUAUGUUCCUAAACACCUUUAGAUCACAUUAGACCUCGACUGAGUCUCAUGAUUGUGCAAAAAGACGUACUUUGGGUGUGAAAGAUGCUUUGAAUUCACGCUAAAAUAGUCCCACAUUGAGGGAAGCAGGGUAUAUUAAUGUUCAUGUAAUUGAGAGGCCUGCACUGUACGUCUUGUGACAAGGAAAGGCGCGACUCAAUCGGGUAGAAUUUAUGAUGGCAAGCCAUCAGUACAAGAAAGGUCAAUUGUCAGCAAAGAGACAGAAUUGCGUAAGUUUUAUGACUUGGGUAAUAUCAUGCCCCGUGCUACGGAUGGAUGGACACUCACAUGGCGGAUAAGACAAGAUGGCUGGCGACAAGACAAGAUGUUGUGGAGUAUGUGUAUUUCAUAUUGCCCAAUAGCAUUGGGAUGGUAUGGGCACUCUCUUUAUGCUUGUGAAAACUCUAAAUGAAGCAGAGUCACUUUACUUGGAAGAGAUUCUGAAAGAAUAUUUUUUACAUUUUAUUUCUAUUAACGAGUAGCUGUGUUUCGAAUGCAUGUAACCUUUUCUUUUCGAUGAUUUAGGCAGCAUUUUCUAUAGUGGAAACUUGAGUUGUUCAAAAAGUGUAAAAUGAUGUUCAUCAUAGUACCAUCUUAUGAUAUAUAUUUCUGUUUCUGAGCCCUUGACCAAAAAGCGCCUAUUUACCUCAUAGUAGGGGACGGUCCUGAAUGUACAAUGGGGUAGCAGACGUCAAAGGUAGGUUAUAACUCAACUUUCAAGGUGUAACCCCCGAGUGCACUGAAAAUUUCAAGAUUUCCAGAUAAUCCUUGAUGGGUUGGAAGGUAGGUUGAGGAGAUUUAGUCUCAUUUUAAGCAGCCGCUUGGCACACUUUGUAAGUUUGACUUGCAGGUGGCAUGAAGUGAUAUAAAUCUUAUUCGACCCUUGAUUUGGGCACUUCGAUAACUCUGGGGAAAGGUUGUUUUGAUUUUGACUUGUCUCAGCGUGUUUGGCAGUUAAUAUUCAAACGAAAAAUGUUGACUUGACUUAGAAAUUGUUUAUUGGCAUACGCCCUGGCGGCCUUAAUGUCCUUUUAGUUCUGCUAUUUGAAUUUUGCCUGCAUAGUGAAUGCAUUGAAGAGUUAAUUGAAUUCUGACGUCUUGUCGAGAAUUGGUAAUGUGACAUUUUCAAAAUGAGUGACAAAUCUGCCAAUUUUGCAUUUAAACGUGUAUCAUUAAGUUAUUUUUCAUGUUCACCAAUAACAGGGCCAUUUGUCUUUUAUUAUUUUUGCAUUGGAUCAGUUUGAUGAGUACUUAAGAUGGUGUGAACCUGAAUACAGGGUGUUUCAGAAAAAACAUGGGAGUGAAUAUUGUAGCGAAUUGUUUUGGAAAGGCUUACGAUAUUUUGCAUUUAGUCAAUUGAUUUUAUAAUGAAGCUGGGAUCAAAUGUAUCAGUUUUCAUUGGCAGUGCAGUGACAUAAUGCACCACUGAAAUGAUAAAUGGUGAUUUUUCUGAGAGGUGCCGUAUUUUCUCUGUGGAAUAAAUCUUCCAUUGGUGCAGAAAGUCAUGAAUUGGUGCACUAAAUCUUGAAUUGGUGUGGUGCAGAAAGUCAUGAAUUGGUGCAGAAAUUUUUUUGGAGGGGGAGUUGUGAGGAAAAUGGCUUGGGGUAAUAUUUAGCAAUAUCAUGGGUACUUUCAACAAUACUUCUGUCGCAUAAAUUUUUAUAUUGAAAAAUGUGUUUAAAGGUGUUGACAUAUAUGUCAAUAUGAUGACUCCUAUAUUUUGGCUUUAAUUAUCAGCUAUUACUAGGCUUAGACCAAUCGGUGCUAAUUUUUCCUCAGCAUUUUUUGAGCGCCCCCACAUUUUCUGGGCAAUCCAUUAUUUUCUGGGCGCUCCAACAUUUUCUUGGCAAUCCAACAUUUUCUGGGCUGGGCAAUCUGACGCUUCAGACAAACAAUAAGAUAUAAAUGGCCGUGAAUAUCUGUAGUCAUUUCAAAGUAAUGUUCAUGUACAAUGUAUAGGCAUGUCUAUCCAGUCUCGUUAUUGUAGUAUACUUUUAGAAUCUAUUUUGAAGCAGAGGUGACUUUUUGCUGAGUGUGACUUGGACUUUUAGAGUUUUAUGUUCACCUAUUGUGAGGUAAGGUUAUACAAUUAUAGCCAACGUAGUGCAGAAAACAGCUGGCAGUACACAUCAAUGCACACUGAGGCCAUAAUUGUACCAACUUACCUUACCAGUAGACAUUUCCUGAAUUGUCUGUCUCAGACUUUUUGUCAGCCAAUUUCAAACUUGUCUUAGGCCUGUAUCUGUACUUAAAAUACUUAGUUGUAAUUAACCGAAUUGAUCAAAAGUUCUGCAGAAAACUCUGUUUCCCUAUUGGUCCGCCAAAUUAUUUUCUCAAGCAGGAAUUUUGUAAUUCUUUGUGCCACACAAAAAAACCGCUGUAAUAUUCAAAGUCCAAGGUUACACUUAACAUUUUUAUUCAAAUUGGAUGUCACUGUAUAUUAUAUAUAGCAAUGUCGUCUGUAUACAGUAUGUUUUUGAAGCUGUAGUAAAAUUUUAAAGUCAGUUCGAACAGAGAAUAUAGGCAAAUAUAUUAGUGUUCUUUUGAUUUUUGCAAAA